CCUGUGCUGUGCCCUGCUUGCGUCGUCGACGACGCGCAGAGGCUUCCUUCGUCACUGAUUGCGAUUGCGAUUGCGAUUGAGGGUGUUUUAUUUUUUGGAAGGGUUUGGAUCAAUUGGUGUGUUGGAGAAUCAGCAGUGCUUUUGGGGACUCGCACACUCGACGGCUCGCAGUUCGAUCGCUCGCGACGAGACGAUAGCGGUCCUGGUUGUUGGAUAGUAGAAUACCGCUCGCCUUCCAGACCACCAGCUCGCCUACCACCAGCUCGCCUUCCAGGCUCGCACGCUCACACCCCAACGAUGAAGUUCGGCACCACGCUCCGGCGGAGCAUCUACGCGCCGUGGAAAGCGCAGUACAUCGACUACGACAAGCUGAAGAAGCUGCUCAAGGACAACGCCGACGACGACAGCUGGACCGCCGAGGACGAGAGCGCGUUUGUCGACGAGCUGGCCAACGUGCAGCUCGAGAAGGUGCAUGGCUUUGUGCUCGAGGUGUCGCAGAAGCUGCGCGAUCGCACGUCGGCGUGCGAGAAGAAGCUCGAGCCGUUGGCGGUGGGGGUGAAGGAUGACAAGAACGACAAGGAGGAGAAGAAGGAUGAGAACGACAAGAACGACAAGAAGGAAGGCCAGGGGCUCUUCUCCGACGCCGUCAAGGGCGACGGCGCGAAGCACACGGAGCUCACCCAGGACGAGCGCCAGAAGCUGCUGAAGGACGUCCUGGCCGAGCUCGACAAGGUCACCAAAGAGGUCAAGGAACUCGAGGGCUUCAGUCGCAUCAACUUCACCGCCAUCAUCAAGGCGACUAAGAAGCACGAUAAGCUCCGCGGCAAGUCGUACAAGCUGCGGCCCUUCAUCGACGCCCGCCUGGCCCGCCACCCGCUGCAGACCGAGGAUGCCUCGCCGCUGCUGUACCGCCUGUCGGCCCUGUACUCGUUCGUCCGCCAGAGCCUCGAGGGCAAGUCCAAGGAGGCCCUGUCCUUCUCCGAGGACCAGACCGCCGGCGAGGGCUUCACCUCCCACAAGUUCUGGGUCCACAUGGACAACCUCUUCGAAGUCAAGACGGUCAUCCUGCGCCGUCUGCCCGUCCUCGUGUACAACCCCCAGUCCGCCAAGAUCGCCGAGGGCACGCAGCGCGACCCCACAAUCACAUCCAUCUACUUCGACAACCCCAACUUCUCGCUCUACUCGGACAAGGUCAAUGGCCAGGAAGACGCCUCGUCGCUCCGUCUGCGCUGGUACGGCCAGCUCAACGAGAAGCCUGAGAUUGUGUUUGAGAAGAAGGUCAUCAAGGAGGGCAAUGCCAGCGAGGAAGUGCGCUUCCCCAUCAAGGCCAAGUACAUCCAGUCGUUCCUCGAGGACAAGUACCACAUGGAGAAGACGAUUGAGAAGCUCGAGUGGAGGCCGAACAAGGACCAGGCCAAGAUCGACAGCACCAAGAAGGCGGUUGAGGACAUCCAGAGCUUUAUUCGCGAGAAGGAUCUGCAGCCGGUGCUGCGUGCCAACUACACCCGCACCGCCUUUCAGAUCCCCGGCAACAACAACGUGCGCAUCUCGCUGGAUACCAACCUGGCUCUGAUCCGCGAGGAUGCGCUGGACAUGGACAGGCCGUGCCGCGACCCCGACGACUGGCACAGGUCCGACAUUGACAACGGCAACAUGGAGUUCCCCUUUAAGAACCUCAAAAAGGGCGAGCUCCACAAGUUCCCCUUCGCGCUGCUCGAAAUCAAGGUCAAGGGCCUGAAGAAGUACGAGUGGAUCGAGGACCUCAUCCACUCGCACCUCGUCAAAGAAGCGCCCCGCUUCUCCAAGUUCGUGCACGGCGUCGCAAAGCUCUUCGAGGACAACGUCAACACGUUCCCCUUCUGGCUCAGCGAAGCCGAAGACGACAUCCGCAAGGAACCCGGCCAGGCCUUCGACGACGAACAGGAGCGCAAGCGCAAGGCCGCCGAGGACGACUUCGCCGUCGGCUCGCUCUUCGGCACCGCCGCCAGCCCCUCGUUCCGCCGCGGCAUCACAUCGCCCGUCGGGUCGCCCGCCGCCUCCCGCUCCGCUCCCAAGAGGGCCAGCCUCGCCCCCAGCAGCGCCGCACACUCCACGCCCGCACCCCGCCUCUCCGCCUCGUACCCGCCGCCCGACGACGCCCCCGCCGACGACAACAACAACGACGUCGACGAACCCCUCGCCUCCCCCCACGCCCCCGCCGGCCUCGCCUCCCUCUUCCCCUCCUUCUCCACCUCCAAAUACGCCGCCCGCCAGCGCCGCCGCCCCGCCCUGCCCCCCGGCAUCUCCGCCCCGGGCACCUGGAUCAAGGACUCCGGGCCCCUGCGCGUCGAAGCCAAGGUCUGGCUCGCCAACCAGCGCACCUUUGUCAAGUGGCAGCACGUCUCCGUGCUCCUGGCCUCCUUAUCACUAGGCCUGUACAAUGCCGCCGGCGAGGCUAACGGGGUCGCGCGCGCGCUCGCCGUCGUGUACACGUGCAUCGCCGUCUUCGCGCUCGCGUGGGGGUACGGCGUGUUCUGGUACCGCAGCCGCUUGAUCCGGGAGCGCAGUGGGAAGGACUUUGAUGCGCUGGCUGGGCCGCUGGUGGUCGCGGUGGGUCUGGCGGUCGCGCUGUGUUUGAAUUUCUGGUUCCGGUAUCGGGCGCUGGUGGAUGCGAAGGAGGGGGUGGGGCGCGAGGGGGGGCGGAAUGCGAGUUGGGUUGGGGAGGUGUUUGAGUUGAGGGUUUAGGCUGGUGGUGGUGUAGGUUAAGGGUAGUGUGUUGGAGUGUUGGGGUGUUGGAAGGGUC